UUAUUCUCUAUUUUAUGGUCUGUUUCAAAUUUGUAUUUUUUGACGUGUUUGAGCAAAUACUGCUAAAAAAAGAUUCAAAUAUCAUGGAGAGUUUGAGAGAUCCCAAUUUAAAUUCCAAUGUUUAUAGGAAUAUGACAGCAGCUGAUAGACCACCUGUUACUGAUAAACAUUUGCAAUUUAUUUUGAUUUAUAAUGAAAGAAGUGCCAUUCUUGGAGGUAGUAAUAUGGCAGAUCGGUAUUGGAGUGGUACUGUCAGGUAUUACAAUGAUUUUUCAGAUUUUGAUAUAGACAAGGCUUUUGUUGCUACAAAAUUAGAAAGUGGCGUUUGCGAUGGUGCUUUUUUGGAACAUAAUAAAUUUGUAAUUUCUGAAGACACUGGAGGCUUGCAAGUACUCUGUUUAGCAGAAGUCCCUGAUACACAUUUACAGGAAAUACAAAGUUUAGGAUAUGCUUGUUUACAUGAUAGCAGUCUUGUAACUCUUUCUGUAUUUCAUGAUAACGAACAUUUAGUUACGGGUGACUUGGAUUCAUGCAUAAAGGUAUGGAAUAUAGCAGAAUUAAUUGCAAUGCAUUCGUAUCAUUAUGCUCAUCAAAAUGCAGUUACUUCCAUUGAUGUACAACCUAGGAGUAAUUCAAUAUUUGUCUCAACAUCAUUAGAUUGUGAAGCCUUAAUGUGGGAUAUAAGACAGGCAAAACCAGCACUAAGUAUUCUAAAAAAAGAUGUUGGCUUGACAGCUGUAAAUUGGAAUUCCAUUUUAGACCAUAUUAUAGCAAUAGGUUCCGAUAAUGGGGAUGUUUCGUUACUUGAUGUUAGAAAACCACAUGCUCCAGUAUUACAGGAAGCAUGUAUAUUUCCUAGAUCAGUACAAAAACUCUUAUUCAAUCCAAAUCCAGAAAGAUCAGAAGAAUUAGCUGGUUGCUGCGAUGACACCCUUGUGCAAGUACUUGACAUAAAAAACAAUUUCUCAUCAGUGUAUAAAAAUGAAGAUCACACUGAUUUUGUUCGUGGGCUUUCAUGGUACAAAGAUAAAUUAUUUUCUUGUUCUUGGGAUAGUACAGUGCUUAAACAUACAAUACAUACCUGUAAUAAUCAUUGAUGUUUAUUUAUAAAUUUUUAAUUGAAAUUAUGUCUCAUUUGUAUACUAUUAAUUAUUUUAUGUUAGUUUUGCUCUGUACGACCAAUAUUUCUGAAUACUUUUCCUAUUUAUAUUUCUGUUUAUUAUUUACGUUAUGUAAUUAUUCUCUAUAUUAGGAAGAUGUAUAUUAUUUUUUUGAAGAUAAUAAAAGAUUCAAACAUUUAAGGAUAAAAUA